CAAUUUGCCCCAACUUAAUAUCUCCGCCUUGCGGCCUCUGAACUCCCCUCAAUCUCUCACGUGUCUUCCUUUCUCUCUCUCUUUCUCUUUUAUAUUCUCCCCAUUCUCUCUCUCAACCGUAACCCUAGCUUACCAACCAGGAUUCAACAUGAAGGGAGGUAAAUCCAAGUCAGAUACUAAGAGCUCAAAGCUCUCCGUGAAUAAGAAAUCAACCACGAAAGCGGGAAAGAAAUCCGGCAAGGCAGCUAAGGAUCCAAACAAGCCAAAGAGGCCUGCUAGUGCCUUCUUCGUUUUCAUGGAGGAGUUCCGUGAACAAUACAAGAAGGAUCACCCUAAAAACAAAUCCGUUGCUGCUGUUGGCAAAGCUGGUGGAGAUAAAUGGAAGAGCAUGUCUGAAGCUGAAAAAGCACCUUAUAUUGCUAAGGCAGAGAAGCGAAAGACUGAGUAUGAAAAGAACAUGAAAGCCUACAAUAAGAGACAGGCUGAGGGUCCCAAAGAUGAUGACGUGGAGUCUGAGAAGUCUGUGUCUGAGGUGAAUGAUGAGGAUGAUGAUGAUGAAGGCAGUGGGGAGGAAGAUGAUGAUGAGUAGGAUGAUCCAGGGAGGAUAGUAUAAUCAAUGUAGGCUGUGAUAGUGUUUGAUCAUCUUAUGUUAAUGCUUUGAUGUUUCCAUGUUAUUCUUUUAGAUGCACAUACUGUCAUCUAAGGGAAAAAUGUACCUCUGAAUCCUGUUGGUUUCUUUUGCUUCAGAAAUUAAUAGUUGUAGAUGGGAGAUUUGCUGCUAUAUGUACUUUUGAUUUACAGUUGAAUGGCUUAGAUAAAUCCUUUGUAGAGCA